AUACAGCUUCUAGCUCCUCUUUCAUCCGCAAAUUUCGGGGAAGAUACAACUCUCUCUCUCUCUCUCUCUAAAUAGUCUAAACUCUUGUUUUGAGUUUAACAGCUUCUUGAUCAUCUCUGGGUUUUUCAGAGGCUUUAAGGAUUAAAGUUGCGCCAUGGAAGAGAUCAGGCAUCUGAGUCCGGAAAAGAAGGAUUCUGCUGAUCCACUUCCAGCACUCAUCAGUUAUGUGUCUACUCAUGAACUGGAAGGCUUUGAUAGUGUUAACAGAGACACUGAAAUGGACACUCAUACAGUCCGCCCCUCACUCGAUGAAACCAAGAUUGAUUCAGCUGAGAUACAGAACUGUGAUUUUUUGUGCCACCAGAGAACGCAAUCUAUUUCCAUCAGCAUGCCACCUUCUCCAAUAGAAGACCACUUGGAGGGGAAGAAAAGAGUUCUCUUUAGAGAUGAUUGUGAAUUAAUUUCCAGCAGCGGUGUUUCACAUUCUCCACUUUCUACUGAUAUACCAAAACUCAAUCAGCCAAUAUUUCAUUCCCAACCGAUACCAAAAGGUUCUGUGUUAAAUGUUGCACUUGCAAGUGGAAAAUCUCCUGACCGCCCCCCUAAAAAUCCCAUGGGCAAGACUUUAGCAGAUAAAAGAUACAAUUCUUUUAAAACAUUCUCUGGGAAAUUGGAAAGGCAAUUAUCAAGUUUGCGUGGAAGGGUUAAUGAAACGGGAUCAGACUUUCCACGAACAACUGAAAUGGAGAAUGUACCUGUGCACCGAUACUUUGAUGCCUUGGAAGGACCAGAGCUGGAUACUCUUAGGCCUUCAGAGGAGAUACUACUUCCAGAGGAUAAACAGUGGCCAUUUCUUCUUCGCUAUCCUAUCUCUUCAUUUGGUUUAUGCCUUGGUGUCAGCAGCCAAGCCAUAAUGUGGAAAAAUUUGGCCACAAGUACUACAAUGGGAUUCCUUCAUGUAAGCCAGAAAGUGAACAUUGUUCUAUGGUGCUUAUCCAUUGUUCUUUUUACCAUAGUUGCUUUCACAUAUAUUUUGAAGAUUGUAUUCUACUUUGAGGCUGUUCGUCGGGAGUACUAUCAUCCCAUACGUGUCAACUUCUUCUUCGCUCCGUGGAUAGCCUUAUUGUUCUUAGCUCUAGGAGUUCCACCCUCUUUAACAAAAGACCUGCAUGCGGCUCUGUGGUACGUCCUUAUGACACCUAUCUUAAUCCUUGAGCUGAAGAUAUAUGGACAGUGGAUGUCAGGAGGACAGAGAAGACUUUCAAAGGUGGCAAAUCCAUCAAACCAUCUUUCUGUUGUUGGCAAUUUUGUGGGGGCACUACUCGGUGCAACAAUGGGGCUAAAAGAAGGCCCGAUCUUCUUUUUUGCUGUUGGACUGGCUCACUACACCGUCCUGUUUGUUACACUAUACCAGAGGCUUCCAACCAAUGAAACGCUCCCAAAGGAACUCCAUCCCGUGUUCUUUCUUUUUGUUGCUGCACCUAGCGUUGCUUCAAUGGCAUGGGCAAGAAUACAAGGAUCAUUCGAUUUCGGGGCAAGGAUUGCUUACUUCAUAGCUCUGUUCCUUUAUUUCUCAUUGGCUGUUCGAGUUAAUUUCUUCCGAGGAUUCAGGUUUUCAUUGGCUUGGUGGGCUUACACUUUCCCAAUGACUGGUGCUGCAAUUGCAACCCUUAGGUACUCACUUGAAGUCUCAAAUGUUGUAACUAAAUCACUGUCCAUCUUGCUUUGUACCGUUGCAACAUUCACAGUAACAGCCCUGCUCGUGACAACGAUUUUCCAUGCUUUUGUGCGAUGGGACCUUUUCCCUAAUGACAUUGCAAUUGCUAUAAGUGACAAAAGGCCAAAAACAGUCCGAAAAUGGUAUCAUCGUAGAAAUGGUAGCACGGAUAUUAAAGACAGCGAACAGUACCUCAAGUUUACAGACUCAAAUGGCAAAGAUAUUGAGGCUUCUCUAAAAUCUUCAGGUUCAGGUGCCACUGAAGAAAAUACCCAUGUUUCAGCUUUUUAGAACAAUUUCUCAUCGCAAUCCAAUGCCCGAGAAGAAGGUAGUAGUUGACGUGAUGGUCAAGUGUCUCUAUGUAUCGGCUAUGUCAUGGAUUCACUUCUCGGAACUAUCCAACUUCAUGUGUGUAAAAAAAAUAAGGGUAAGGCUUGGUGAUCAGGACUUCUUCCCAAUACGAAAGUCUUAUGCACUGUGCAUGGCCUAAGAGGAACUUGAUCUACAUUUGUUGAAGUUCCAGUGACAUUGUUCUGCACAGCGUAAAGAUUGAGAAGAUGAAUUUUUAUGGUAUUGUAGCAAGUUCCAUCUUUUAUCUAUGUAGUAGAGUAUAGUUUAGAACUUAAAUAUCAAGCUAUGUAUAAUUAAACAAGGAGGUUGGAAUCAUGUUAUUCAUCUGAACAUCUGGUUCAAAUAUUAUGUUAGAGCUGUAUUGCAAGUUGCUA